AUGUCUAGCAGGACUGUCUUGUGCGAAGUUGAAGAGAAACAUGACACCAAUAAACCCGAGCCCCGACUUAGCAUUCGACAACGUCUCAAGCACUUUACAUGGGCCUGGUACACUCUCACCAUGAGUACGGGCGGUUUAGCCCUCCUCAUAGCAAACCAGCCGAACCGGUUCCUUGGGCUUGACACGAUUGGAUUGAUAAUAUAUAUAAUUAACCUCGUUAUGUUUGCAAUGAACACUUCGUUACUCUGCACUCGCUUCUACAUCCAUGGAGGAUUCCUCACAUCUCUCACCCACGAACGUGAGGGUCCCUUCUUCCCAACAUUCUGGCUCUCAAUCGCAACCAUGAUAAUGGGGCUAGAGAAGUACUUCGGAAAGAAUCCUACUGCAUCAUUUUCCAUAUUCAUGGAAGUUCUCUUCUGGAUUUAUACCGGCUGCACCUUUGCCUUAGCUGUGGUUCAAUACUCCUUCGUCUUUUCAUCCGUCACAUACAAGCUACAAAGUAUGAUGCCUUCAUGGAUCCUACCAGCUUUUCCCAUCAUGCUAAGUGGGACAAUCGCAUCUGUCGUCGCUGGAAGUCAGCCAGGUCCUGCGGCUAUCCGAAUAGUUGCGGCUGGUAUCACCUUCCAAGGCCUGGGCCUAUCGAUAAGCUUCAUGAUGUAUGCCCAUUACAUCGGUCGGUUAAUGGAAUCGGGUCUUCCAUCUCGAGAACACAGACCUGGCAUGUUUAUCUGUGUUGGCCCACCAUCUUUCACAGCUCUGGCACUGAUCGGCAUGGCACAGAGCCUGCCACCGACAUUUCAUGUGAUGGGCAGCGAAGAUACAGCGGCAGAUGGACGCGUGCUCGAGCUAUUAGCACUAGCAGCUGGAGCAUUUCUCUGGGCGCUGAGUCUAUGGUUCUUUUUCAUUGCAACAAUUGCCGUUAUUCGAUCGAGGCCAUCUUCCUUCCACCUGAACUGGUGGGCCAUGGUCUUCCCCAAUACGGGUUUCACCAUCGCAACUAUCACAUUGGGCAAUGCAUUUGAGAGCGCCGCUAUCAGAGGCGUUGGAUCAGCAUUGUCUAUUUGCAUCAUCUGUCUGUGGUCGUUUGUAUUUUUCAAUCACGUUCGGGCUGUGAUUCGGCGGGAUAUAAUGUCUCCUGGCAAGGAUGAAGAUGUGACUGAUUAA